AGUUGCGUUAACUUUCGUUAAGUUAACGUUAACUUAACAGUUACUUUUUCUGAAAAGUUAACGUUUCAACUUAACCGUUAAUAUUUUUUGCCAAUUUAACUUUAACUUAACGAUUGAACUUUUUUGGUUAACUUUCCGAACCUUGGUUGCCCGUCCCGCCCAGCUACCGCGAGUUCUACGAGUACCUGAACCGCACCGUGGCGGGCACGCUCCUCCGCCGCAAGGCCGCCUUCAACGAGACCCCGGACGUGCUGCAGCCGUACGUCGCCUUCGCCGCCGACAACGUGACGCGCAUGAUCGGCGUGGUGCGCAUCAGGCAGCAGCGCGUGCAGGAGGAGCCGUCGUGCCUGGCGGCGGAGCCCUUCAGGUGGACGGGAACGCCCUGCUACACGGACUACUACAAGAUGUACAGCGACAGGGCCGACUACGGCGAGGGCUGGAACACCAGCCAGGCCGCCGUCAACGUGUCCGCCGAGGACCUGUCCCUCGGCAAGCACUCGCUGUCCAUCUGGCGCUUCCGCACCGCCUGGGACCUGGACAGCCUCUUCUCCAUCGGUGCGGCGCAGCGGUCGCGAUGUCGCGUAGGGCUCCCGCGGACCGCGCCAUAACCAACCGAUCCCCGCCCGCAGGCCAGGACACGCAGUUCCUGGGCGGCGGCUAUGUCGUGGACCUCGGCCGCGUCAACCUGAACGCCGAGAUCGAGCUGAGGUACAUGUCCAGGCACGGGUGGCUGGACCGCAGGACGCGGGGCGUCUUCAUCGAGUUCAUCCUCUACUCACCGUCCACCAACAUCUUCUGCGACGUGUUCCUCUUCCUAGAGCGGACCCCGGCCUCCUACUUCCACUUCUCGUCCAAGGUGUGCAUGGCUCCGCUAAAAAAAAACUGCUGCGGUAGGGUCGGCACGUCAGGGACUCACUUCUUGACGCAGCUGUACGCAUAUCGGCUCGGCUACGCGGCGGGCAAGUGGAACUCGGCGCACAUCGCCUUCCUGGUCGUGCUCAUCGCCGUCUCCUUCGUCAUGCUGGUGCGCGAGGUGGUGAGCAUGUACCGCCUCGGUCGACACAACUACCCGUUCAACUGGUUCGACGGCAUCUUGGUCGGCGUCAUCACUCUGAACGGCGCCCUCUACUUCGGCACCAACCACUUCCUCAAAACUGUCCUCGAGCGCAUGAACCAUCUGGACCCCAAGUUUUUCAUCUCGUUCCAGUUCACCACGUUCCUCAACUCCUCUAUGCAAUUCGGACUUGGUGUCCUUGUGGUGCUAUCCACUGUGCGCUGCUGGAGGGUGCUCAGCUUUGCGACACAUUUCCAGGUGGUGAAAACGAUGCUGAGACUGGCCUACGUGCCUCUGCUGCACCUCCUCUCGUACCUGAUGUUGGUGCAGCUGCAGUUCGCCGUGCUCUUCAUGCUCAUCAUGGGAGGCAGCCAGGAGAACCUCCACUGCCUGCAGCACGCCUACGUGCUGCUGCUUGCCUACCUCGUGGACUACACGGCGGACUACGAUGAGUUCGCCGACAGCGCCCGCCGCGACACUUUGCUCUCCCUCGUGUCGUACUGGGUGUUCGUAGGCUUCAUGUACUUCUUCUUCCUGAACUUCUUCCUCGGCAUCGUGUCCAUGGCCUUCGAGUCCGCUGGCGAGAUUGUGCGACAGCAGGAAAUUGAGGGCUUCUCCAUGGCCAACCUCAUUUCCGACGAGCUUCGCUACCUCCUCAAGCUACCCGGUGGCAAACUUCGCAGGGACAGUUCGCUUUUCCAGCACACGAGAAGGAACUUCGUACAGCAGAAAAACAGGAUCCACGGCGAGACCAUCCGGGUGGCGCGCGCCGAGCUGGGCGCCAUGUCCAUGAUGUACAGGCUGCUCACGGACAAGCCCGUCUCGGACAGGGAGCUGCAGGGCGCCAUGGCCAUGAUGACGCUCAACGUGACCACGCCGAUGGAGGAGAGGGUGUCCUUCCCCGGGCCGCCGAUGGAAGUGAGCAUCGGGAAGUCGUGGAGCGGCGAGGAGCUCUUGGACAUGAACAAGCUACACACCGUCAUGCAGGCGCUCAAUGCGCGCGGCGUGGACCGCGACAUGGCCGUGGACCAGGAGCACAUCGUCGUGAUCAGGAGGCUGAUCAAAGAGGCCACGGGCGAGAGGCCUCCUUCCACACUACCCGUCAUCGUCAGGGUUCGUCGUGGCGCACCCUUCCAACGGCGACCCAUGUUUCGGAUCGCUGACGUGGUCAUUCGGCGCCGGCGGUGCGUGCAAAUCCGCUUCCGUCUGAGAAGAAUCACGGGACCGACGCCGAAACCCAGGCCACCUUGGAGACCUUGACAUUGUCGGUGUGUAAUGUCAUUUCUAUUGUUUUUACCUGACUGACUCUCGUUUUUAUUUAAAAAUAAAU